UCAUCGUGAUUCGGACAGCACCAUUCCUCUCUCUCAUCAAGUCAAUAUACCCUGGAGCUAGCACCACCAUAAUCUGUCAGUUCUCGACGAUCGAGCAGGCGCCUUUUCAUUGUCUCACACCCCUCAUCAGGCGAAUUCGACCUAUAAAUAACUUCCAGCAUCAAUCGACAUCCCGAGCCAUGGCCGCAUUAGAGGCACUCCCUCGAGUUGUGCUGGCUCGCAGCUCUGCUUGGACCGCCAGCGCCAUGCGACCUCCCUCAGCAUUUGCUCUCAACCAGAUCACCACAAUGCGACAACAGCACACCACCGCACGAUCACUCCCUGCCACCGCGACUUUUGCCCGUCAAAUUUGGGCUGCGCGGAGGGCCAGUCGGCCACAACCGAGUAUUCUGCAUGUCUCAGCCGCCCAUCGCGCCUUUUCUGCAACACCAGCACCGUCCAAGGACCAUCACUUCGACACGCUCAAGUUCGUGCAGCGUCUACAGCAGGAGGGUUUCACAGAAGAGCAGGCCACAGCCAUGAUGAAGGUCCUGGGCGAUGUCCUAGAAGAGUCGAUUCAGAACCUGACGCGGACGAUGGUGCUGCGGGAAGAUCAAGAGAAGGCCACAUAUGCACAGAAAGUCGAUUUUGCCAAGCUGCGUAGCGAGCUGCUCAAUGCCGACUCGACCGAAAGCAGCCUGACCCGCGCGAGCCACGAGCGUUUGACCAACGAUCUGGCCAAGCUGAACAACCGGCUCCGCGAUGAGGUUCAGCGGACUCAGGCCAGCGUCCGGCUGGAUCUCAAUCUCGAAAAGGGUCGUAUCCGUGAGGAGGCUAAUAGCCAGGAUCUGAAGAUUCGCGAGACGGAGACGCGCAUCGAGCAAGAGAGUGCAGCGCUCCGAGAACGUCUGGAGGCGGUGAAGUUUAGUACGCUUCAAUGGCUGAUGGGUGUCUGCACUGGUACCGCUGCCAUCAUUCUCGGUGUGUGGCGUUUGCUGAUGUGAAGAGGUUCGGAGCCUCAUGAGGUUCAGAGGUCGAGAAAUCAAGACUGCUUGACUGCACCGCAUGUAGCGCAGGAUUCGCACAGCUAUUGCAGCUUGAUAGCUCUAGUCGUAGAUGUGAAGUUCUCGCCUGUCUCUGCCCUUUUUGGUCCAGCGCGCACUGCCAGUAUGUAAAUGCCACAGGCAAGAUGCUGUCCGUGGCACCGUAGUAACUACCAUAAGACGCAACUUAUCCCCA